GUAGUUUCAAUCUCCAUCUGCCAACGACUCAUCUAGAAACACGAUGCUACGCCAAAGCAGCCGCUUGACUCGGCAUAUCCCCCCGUCCAUCCCCAGCAGGCUGGGGCGCAGCAGCGCGCGACAGUUAUGCAGGCCCCGGUUUUCCACUCAGGCACCUCGACGACACGCCGACGAGGGAUUCCCACAGUCAUCGUUCUCACAGUCAUCCUCUCAUAGUCGUCAUGAUGCGGGCAAGGAAUCUCUACUCAAGAAGAUGGGCGAAAGUGCCGCCACCACAUUUGCCUCCAUCUUCGUCCUUGCCUUCGGAUUUGCUGCUGCCGGCUACAUUUACCAUAAGAGCUACAAAAUGCUCGUCUUGAAGAAAAUGACGCGCGCAUUCGAACCAGGUGACCCAGUCCUCGACCUGGCGACAACCGCAAAGGAAGUGCCUCGAACAGUGGCUCCCGAGGAUGAGCACUGGGUCCAACGCCCUGAACAGGAGCAUGUGGACAGAAUCAUUGACGGUAGAGAAUCCGGCCACUACUAUCUCUUUAUGGGAGAAAAGGGAACUGGCAAAAGCAGCAUGCUCAUCGAAGCUAUGCGUAAGACUGACGGUGAUGGCGUGGCCAUGUUUGAAGCUCAUGCCGACACUGAAAUCGUAAGAAUACGUCUGGGAAAAUGUCUCGACUAUGAGUUCCAUGAGGACUACAUUGGAGGCUACUUCAGCGAACGAGGUCCUCGUGAGACCACUGCUCUGCUUGAUAUCGAACGAGCCUUGAACAAGCUAGAAAAGGUGGCUAUGCUGCUCGUCCAAAAAAGAAGGAAGCCACUCGUCGUCAUUGUGAACCAGCUGCAUCUUCUAAGGAACAACGAAGAAGGCAGAGACCUGAUUGAGCUUUUCCAACAGCGCGCUGAACAGUGGGCAGCCGCAAACCUGGUCACGAUGGUCUUCAAUACUGACGAUUACUGGGUAUACGAGCGGCUGAAGCUCCUAGCCACUCGCAUGGAAGUUCUUGCCGUUACUGAUUUACCCAAGUCCCAAGCCAUCAAUGCCCUGCGGAAAUACCGUAUGCGAUAUUUCAAGGAGAUUCCUAACCACCACGAGCUCGAAGACGUAUACGAUCGCAUCGGCGGCCGCUUAAGCUUUUUGAACCGUGUGGCAAAGAGCAAGGAUAUGAUUCGCACGUGCGAACAGAUCAAAGACACCGAGAAGAAGUGGUUUCUCAACCAAUGCUGGAUUCUUGGCUCAGAGAUGGAUGACGACGUGAUGGAUCAGCAGAAAUGGGCGGCGGCUGCUAUGGUUCUUGCCCUGGCGCUUGUUGACAAAGAGGAAGAGAUGGCCAAAACAUACGAUCCAGUCGUGGGUCACCUGUUGCCAACAUUCCCUUUCCACAUCGCCCAGGAGCUCAUGACCCGAGCCGACUUCAUCCGAGAUCUCGAUAGUCUGAAUCUCUUCACUGUCACCAGCCAGGCAGAUGUUCGCGCAAGCAGUGUCCCGAUGCACCUCGCCUUCAAGGAGAUAUGCGCCGAGCCUCGAUUCCGGAAGCACCUGGAAGAUACCAUUCAGAGAAUCUCUGAUAUUGAGAGCUUGGGUCGUACCCGAGAGCUCGUCGCCAAGGAUCUGGUCCUUGGUGGUGAAUAUGACAUUCAGACAACCCGCAAGGGCAUCACGUCCCAUAAUAUUUUCGGAGCAAGUCGAGACGGCCAAGGACAGGGACAAGCACAGCGAAGCUUCAUCUCCUCGCCACUCGCUGCUGCUCUCAUGCCUGCCAACGCCAAAUGGCCCGAUUUCCAGCUGGCUUCCAAAUUGCGCUAUUUCAUGGGCUCAAGUGCACCUGAGUCGACUCAAUCGGAAGCGACCUCACAGCUCGACCCAGCAAAACGCGAGCAACUCGAAUCUGCCCAGGAAGCCGAAGACGACCAGGAUCUGGGAGGCCAGGCAUACACUGCCUCAAUGGCUGAGAUUGAUGACGCUCGUGUCGAGGAGAUGGAAGAUGUCGACAACUACCCCGACGAAGGCGAAACUGCCGACGUCGAUGUCGACUUUGGCGAUCUCGAAAUGUUUGACAGCAACGCGUCACAGCUCCCGUUUUCUUCGGGGGCACCCCAAUCCUUAAAGUACGAGGAGCCUGAGUUUCCUCCAUCUAGUGAUAUCGCGAAACGCGCCAAAUCUAGCAAGAAGAAAAGCAGGACAAAGUCUUUGCAGCAUACCGAACUCGCUGAGGAUCAGCCUACCGACAUAAAUCAAUACACAUCGAGUGCUCCCGCCGCCGAAGAUGACGAACGAGGACCCGAUGCGCUUGAAGAUGCCACCACCGAGAUGGAUGCACUGGAUUUGGUGCAGGCCCAAGCCUCUCAAAAGAAGAAGAAGAAACGGAAAGGGUCCGACUCCGUGGACGGCAAGCGAAACAAGAAGAGAAAGGGCAUUGAAGAUGCUCACCCGGCUGUUGUUGAGCAGACCCAAGACGAGACCGAGAACCUGGAUGCCAGAAACAAUGCCGCCAGUCCCCAACUCGGCACAGCAAUUGAGGAUGAUGUCGCCGAUGCCGAUGAGCAAUUGUCGCCCAGCGUUGCCCGUGCUCGCCGUCGCAGCCAGACGGGAGAGGAAACUCGCUCGAGGGAGAAUAGUGUACCUUUCCGAGCUCAAGUUGCCCCCAUGGCUCCCAUGGCAAUUGAUUCGCUUCCGCAAGAAGAAGCCUCAAAUGACCAGCGAGAAACAUCUGGUGACCACGUAGAUGAUCGUGAUGACGAGGAAAUGCUCAACAUCGCGCGAGAGGUAUGGAGAGAGCAUAAGAGUAGCCAACAUGAAGCGAGCAAUGGGGCAAACGAAGCGAACCUUGAUCAGAAUGCAACCGGUGUCAAUGGCUCUGGAGAUUCUGCUCAAGCAGAGGAGCAGCCAACUGAAAGCCCAGCACGACGGCGAUCUACAAGAACAAAGGUGAAACCCGUGUUGCUUGUGCAGGAGACCAAAACGGAGACGCCUUCCAAGAAGAACCGUCAAGCACUUGGAGAGCUGCCGUCCCCCUCCGCCAACACACCAAAGCCAAGGGCACGAGCUAAGCGUGCUACUAAGAAACAGACGCAGCAGCCCUUGCAGCCCUUGGAAGAGGAUGCUGAAAACGCAGAAUAUGAAGAGCCACCGGCGAGAACAGGCGAUUCGGGAAAUUACACGCAAGGACGAUUCACGGAAGCCGAAUUCGAUGGCAUUGCCCGCGUCAUUGAACAGUUCCGCGACGAAUAUGGAAUGACACAAGCUGAAGUCAAUCAGAUGAUCCAAGCACCUGGAGGUACAACAGCCGGUGAUGCUCAUGCACGCCUCUGGUACCGCCUCUUUGAAGUGUGCCCUGACCGCAAGAGACAAAAGGUCAUCAACGUUGCUCGCAAAAAGUACCAUAAUUUUGUUGCACGAGGAACAUGGACACCGGAACAAGAUGAAGAGCUCUCUCAGCUCAUUGCCGUGCAUGGAAACAAAUGGUCCGAAAUUGCUGGUCUCAUCAACCGCCAUCCCGAAGAUGUCCGAGAUCGGUAUCGCAAUUACAUUGUGUGCGGCCCGUACCAACGUAAGGAUGUGUGGAGCGAAGAAGAAGAGCAGCUGCUGGCACAAGUUGUCGAAGAGGCAGUGGAGGCUAUUGAAGAAUUCCGAAAAGAACACCCCAACAAUCCCAUAUACAAGAAAAACAUUGAGGACAUAAUCGACUGGCAAGAUAUCAGCAAGAAUAUGGAAAGAAAGCGAAGCCGGCUGCAAUGCAUCACAAAGUGGAAGGCAAUGCAGAAUCGCCUUUCUGGGAAAAAGAAGGACAAGAAGUCUACCUCCGAGAAGAAGCCCGCCUCCGAGAAGAAAAAGCGCCCAGAGCCUGCACCUGCUGAGAUACCUGUUUCGGAGGAGGAUAUUUCUUCUCAGCUUGAUUCAGCUCGUCAACAGCUCGCAAGUAUGCAUGAAGAAGAGCAAUAUCGUUUGGUGUUGGCGAUCCAACAGGCCUCUGUGCUUUUAGACUCUGAUAUUCCUUGGGCAAAACUCCUUGAUAAGAAGUUCCGAGGCCAAUGGAGACUUCACACUCAGGUAUUGCUCUGGGACCGUCUGAAACAAACAGUCCCCGGCUGGGAAACUUUAACAGUACUAGACGUUGCUCAGCACAUUAUCAAUGAAUAUAACCGAACGGGAGGCCUGCCUGAAAUCAAUGGCAGUGGCUACGAUGAUGAUGAGCGAGAGAAGGAAAUUCUUCAGCAGCUUCGUUUCCGCAGCAGGCCAGCACCAGCACCAGCACCAGCACCAGCACCGAAAAGUGCCGAGUUUGUCGAGGAUUCUGGUGCAGAGGAGACUGGGGCAGCUGAAAACAACAAGGCUGACAUAACUAUUGAUCCAGCUUUGAUGGAAGCGCCACCGCCUUCACCUCCAAAGGCCACGCCAAAGCCGAAGAAGACAUACUCUAGGAAGGGCAAGUCGAAAAAGGCGACUCUUGACAUCCAGGACCCUAUCGAAGACAGUGAACCGGCUAUACCCUUAGCUGCUGCUGAUGAGGGCGAAGAGUCAAAUCUCGAGGAAGCGCAGACUCCCCAGAUAAUGAUUCCUAAGAAAUUCAUGGCGACCAAGGGCAGAAAGGAGGAAAACGGCGUUGCUGCUCUGCCGGCGGAGCCUUAUUCAGACAGCGAUAUGGAUGACAUGGAAGAUCUCCCGGCUAAGAUUCUGGCCUAAUGCAUGCCCAUGAUGGCCCUAUUUUAUAAUUGCGCAACAUUGAGAUUUUCACGGAUUGGAGGGUAUUCGGGUAAUGGUUUGGAAUUGAGCAUUUGCCUAUGCUUGAGUGCGGGUAUUCAUGGAUGAUAAUUGUGGCUGGAUGAUAAGACGGUUCGAGUUUGAUGAACGUGUAGAUGUCAAACAAAGAAUUGGCUCGAUUUGUUUGUAAAAAAUCAAGAAUUAGGAUGCUCGCCUGCUUGAAUUUGAGUAGGCUGCUUUGUGCCAAUGAAAGAUGCUUAGAUGUCAGUAAAUGCGAGCUCCAUCGUGAGAUUUUAUUGAUUUUCCCG